CCUCAUUGUUCUCUUUGUUAGCCAGAGCCAUGCUGUGAUGAGCGCGGUGACAUCAUGCUCUGCGCUUCCCAUUGGCCUGCGCUGCCUCCCAGCCGGCCCCGCUUCCCGGCCUCCCAACUUUCCAUGCACCCCUCUGCGGUCCCGCCGCCCCGGCCGGGGGUCACCCCGGCUGCCGGACCCCGCCGGGCCCGGCGAGCGCCGGGGCAGAGCCGCGGAGCGGAGCGUGGCACCGCACCCUGCUCCCGGGGAUUCUCCUCCUCCUUCUCCUCCUCCUCCUCCUCCUCCUCCUCCCGGGCUGGAUGAGACCUGGAUUUGGUGGCCGAGCCGCCGGGCUCAGCCGAGCCGCGGGGUGAAGCAGAACCUGUGCCGGAGCUGGGUUCUGCUGGGAGCCCGCUGGUUCUGCCGGGGAAGGGCUGCGUUUGGCCCGGGAGCUGCCGGUCGGUGCCUUCCUUGCCCUGGGUGUUUUUCGGUGUUGUGAGACCCCGGUGCUGCCCUUCCAGCACCCCGAGGAGUUCGGGGCUCAGCCAGGUACCUGCCCAAACACCUCGGUGGAGUUUGGGUGCUCGCUAAGCUUCACGGGCUUAUGAAACUUACGGAAAAAAAUACUGCCAAAGAAAUGAUUAUAUUGGCUUGAGGAGGGCUGCUCGAGGGGCAUCGUGUGGGCCUGGAGGUGACCUGGGGCCAGCUGUGAGCUGGAGCUCCCUGUUGCAGCCGCAGCCCCUGGGCAGGAACUGCCCUCUCCAGGGGCUUCCCUUUGUGUUUCCUGCCCCUCUCCUCUCUUGGCCUGCCGGGAUGCUGGGAGGCCCCCCCAGUCUGGGGGCCUUGCACUGGGUUUUUGCUGAGGAAGGGCACUCAGCACCCUUGGUUCCACUGUGGGACGGGCAGUGGGCAGCACGGGGCUGGCAGCAGUGGCUUUGUGCUCCAGCUGCUCUCUGUGCCACUGGCAGCUGGAGCACAGCAGGGAUGCUCAGGUGUAGCCUGAGCAAUAUUGAGUUUAUUCGAGUAGAGCCCUUCUCACUCACCCUGUGCUGCUCUCCCUCCAGACCUUCUGGUUCCCAGGGCCCCCCUGCGAGUCUCCCACAGUUUUGGGAGCCCCGUGGCAGUGAGGUCUGGCUGUAGAGCUGAGCCUUGGGGUGUUUGGCUGGACCACCAUCAUCAUGGUGACAAAAUGUGCCCUGCUGGUGACACUGCACAGCUGGGUUGGGUCACCCAGACCAUGUUCCUGUCACUCUUGUCUUUUCCCUCACUGCCCAGCCUGGUCGUGACCCAGGAAGCAGAAAUUUGUGAUGCUGCCACGCCUGGAACAUGGGAAGGGAUGAAGAUGUGCAUCUUGGGUGCCGUGGAAGGGGCUGGAGUCGGGAUAAGGCUCAGGAUCUCAACUUGGGGUUCUGUUGGGACCCGUCCUGCUUUGCCCAGACCUGGCUGCUGUGGCAAGUGGGGACCAGGGAGGUCCUGGCAGCCAGGACCAGCACACGGAUGUCCUGUCCUGUGCAGGCUGAGAUGGGACACAGGCACUUGGACACAACUUCUCCUACUUCUUUUCUUCAGUUUCUCCCCUUCAGAUGCCCUAAUUUAACCCUUUCACAAAGGAGCAGCAGCAGCCCAUCAGGUGCCUCCCAAUGGAUGGAGCCACAGCUCCUCUCCCCAUCUGUGACACCUGGGGACUGUCACAGCUCUACAGAAGGAAAGUUGCUGUUUAUAGAAGAUGCUGGGAUGCCUGAAGGGUAAAUCCAGGAAAGGAUGGCACAUGGCACCUCUCCUCACUGCUGGAGUGUGGCUGGCAUUCCAGUGCGGAGAGGAUGCACAGGGUGACCGUGGGCCCCUCUGUGCCAGCCUGGGCACCUGUAACCUUGCCAUGGGUCACAGGAGUGCAAGGAAUCCUCUCAUUUCAGAGCCCUGGGUUGCUGCUCUCUGUUUUCUCCUGCCAGGUGCCAUGUCCCUGGAGGCACCUGGCACAUCUUCCUGGCUGCCUCCUCCCAGAUGGGUUGUAGCAGAGCUGGGAACUCCUGAGCUUGGUCACACAGAUGGAUGUGGUUGCUGAAGGAUCUGCCUGUGCAUCUGAGAGCUGGCACUGGCUGCACACUGUGUCCCAAGGAGAGGAGCCCAGUCUCCCUGUCCCUCUCUUCAGUGUCUGCAGAAGAAGCCAAGGCUGCAAAAUCAAAGCCCUGCGUGCCAAGACCAACACGUACAUCAAGACACCGGUCAGGGGCGAGGAGCCCGUGUUCAUCGUCACCGGCAGGAAGGAGGACGUGGAGAUGGCCAAGCGCGAGAUCCUCUCGGCCGCCGAGCACUUCUCCAUGAUCCGGGCCACGCGCAACAAAGUCAACGGGCUGACGGGGGCCUUGCAGGGGCCCCCCAGCCUGCCGGGCCAGACCACCAUCCAGGUGAGGGUCCCCUACCGCGUGGUGGGGCUGGUGGUGGGACCCAAGGGCGCCACCAUCAAGCGCAUCCAGCAGCAGACGCACACCUACAUCGUGACGCCCAGCCGGGACAAGGAGCCCGUGUUCGAGGUGACGGGCAUGCCCGAGAACGUGGACCGGGCGCGCGAGGAGAUCGAGGCACACAUCACCAUGAGGACAGGCUCCUUCAUCGAUGUCAACGCCGACAACGACUUCCACUCCAACGGCACCGACGUCUGCCUCGACCUGCAGGGCGGCGCGGCCGCCCCGUGGGCCAAGGCCCCGCACCCCGCCCAGCGCCCCUCGGCCGCGCUGCGCAACGACAGCCUCAGCUCCCUGGGCAGCGGCUCCACCGAGUCCUUCUACAGCGGGCGCAUGGCGGCCGCCAGCCCCACCAGCCCCUACAGCACCUUCAGCGAGCCCCCGGCCCCGCUGGGCUCCGACGAGUGCGACUUCGGCUUCGACUUCUUGGCCCUCGACCUCACCACGCCCACCACCACCAUCUGGUCGCCCUUCGAGCGCUCGGGCAACCCCCUGCAGGCCUUCAGCAGCUGCUCCUCCAUCAACAGCUCGCAGAGACGCAACAGCGGCCCAGCCACGCCGCGCCACUCGCCCACGCUGCCCGAGAGCGGGGCGGCGGGGCUGGAGCACCCCUCGGCACGGCGCAUCCCCAGCGACCCCGCCGGCGCCCUGGCCUGGCUGCCCGCCCAGGGCUCGCUCUCCUCCUUCUCCAACAGCACCGGCUACUCCUCCUCCUCCUCGCUGCCCGGCAGCAUCUCGGCUGCCUCAGGCUCGCCCACCGACUCCAGCAGCUCGGACGGGCACCGCAAGAGCUCCCGGGAGUGCAUGGUGUGCCUGGAGAGCGAGGUGAUGGCCGCGCUGGUGCCCUGCGGCCACAACCUGUUCUGCAUGGAGUGCGCCCUGCGCAUCUGCGGCCGGGCGCAGCCGCAGUGCCCCGCGUGCCACGUGCCCGCCACCCAAGCCAUCCACAUCUUCUCCUAGCCCGGGGGCUCGCCCGGGGCCCCCCCUCCACCCCAACACCACGGCGUUUUAAGGACUUUCUACUGUUGAAAUCGAGCUUUUUAUUUAAUACCAGAUGCGAUGGGCGCAGGGGCGGGAGGGGGGAGAGGCAGCGGCAG